AUGCCUCAAUGGCUUGGCUCCAUGACAGCCCAGAACGACCAGUCUGUGGCCGGCGUAUUUAUGGUCAACGGCGAGCCAUGGGUCUUUGAGAACCCGCGUGGAAAAGCAGCUUGUCCGUUCCAGAAAGCUCCCGCUGUCGUGAAUAUCCCCUGGAAAGAGGUCGAGAGCAUUCGCAAGUCGCUGCUCAUGCGUGAGCCGUUCACGGCGACUAUCAUUGGCUCGACGAUGGAGAUCCGCUGGGCAAAUGGUGUGAGAAUCACUGCGAACGUUCCCCAUUCUACCAGCUAUGAUUCCUUCUCGGGUGAGGGGGUUGGCGCGCGCAGUGACAUAAUGGGAGUAAUGGGUUCCAUGGACUUCUAUGUCUCUGCCCGACGUCAUCUCUUACCGACAUGUCCCGGACCCGUCCCUGAAGCACAAAUGUGCGAGGAAUCCAACGGGCUUGGGAGUGAACCAGACUUCGACCCUGCCGGGCGGCUAUCUGACCCUUCGGAGCUCAUCCCGUUCAAAGCUACCUCAGUCUGGCUCCGCUGGCCCUGUCCUUACUCAUAA